CAAAUACUGCUAACAUUCCUAUGAGUUCAUCACCAAGUCUUGCUUCUGUACCUGCUUCUAUGAAUUUUCAAUUUUUAACUACAUUAGGGGGCUCACGGACCUAAUAUAUGACCUUUCUCAGCCCUAGUACCCCACCGCGGCAACCUAGGGCAGGCGAUCCAGGGAGCGCCGGGCUGACCACGGAACAGUGCGGGGAGUCCCCAUGGCGCCGCGGAUGGCCCCGGAAAGGGCCUCCGCUCGGCCUGCAUACUUUAAGCCUGGGGCUGUGAGCUUCGCGGACGUGGCCGUGUACUUCUCCCCGGAGGAGUGGGGGUGUCUGCGACCGGCACAGAGAGCCCUGUACUGGGAGGUGAUGCGAGAGACCUACGGUCUCCUGGCCUCUCUUGAAGUCGGGGGCGCCAAACCAGCGCUCAUCUGCUGGGUGGAGGAAGAGUCGGAACUGUGGGGACCCGGUGCCCAGGAUCCAGAGGUGGCCAUGUGCAACACACAAGGNGACUCAGGUGACGGACUGGAUUGCAGACAUAAGGAGGAAAGGAAGAGACCAAGGGAAGAGACUGAGGCAACUCAGAAGAUAUUUUCUACAGAAGCUUGGCCUAAGGAGCCACGCCCCUCCUCUGAUGCCCCUCCUUGCAACUUGGAGCUGCUGUCCAAGGACUCUCAGCAGGGGCACCCCACUGUUGCUGUGCACAACGUUAUCCUAAAAGCAGACAAGCGUCGUGAGUGUCAUUUGUGUGGGAAGAGUUUUGCCCAGCGGCCCACCUUGGUGGAGCANCUGUACACUCACACAGGUGAAAAGCCAUUUCGUUGCCCAGACUGUGACAAGUGUUUCGGCCGGGCUUCUUCUCUGAGCAUGCACCGAGCCAUACACCGAGGGGAACGGCCUCAUCGGUGUCCUGACUGUGGGAAGACUUUUACCCAGCGGUCCACACUGGUGGCGCACAUGUACACUCACACAGGUGAAAAGCCAUUCCAUUGCCCCGACUGCAACAAAUCUUUCAGCCGGCCUUCUUCCUUGAGCUCGCACCGGGCCAUACACAGAGGGGAACGGCCUCAUUGUUGCCCUGACUGUGGCCGAGCCUUCACGCAUCGCUCUGGCCUCAUUGCCCAUCUCCGUGUCCACACUGGGGAGAAGCCUUACUGUUGUGCUGAUUGUGGACGCUGCUUCAGCCAGAGCUCUGGGCUCCGUGAGCACCAGCGGGUGGUUCACAGCGGCGUGACCCCCUUUACUUGCACUCACUGUGGCAGAGCCUUUGCGGAUUCCAAAUAUCUUCGGCGCCACAUGCGCAUCCAUACAGGUGAAAAGCCUUAUUCAUGCCCUGACUGUGGACGCUGCUUUCGCCAGAGCUCUGAAAUUCCAGCCCAUAAGCGGACCCACACUGGUGAGCGUCCUUACCCCUGCCCUCANUGUGGCAGGCAGUUUCGCACAAAGUCAGCUAUGACAAGUCACCAGUGGGUCCAUAGACCAGGAGCUAAAGGCCAUAAGGACAAAAAAGCCAGUCAGUUAUCAAUAUCCCUGGACCCUAGCCAAGAGGACACAGAUCCACCUGUGGGCUUCCAGCAUUACGCAGAGAUAUUCCAAAAGUGCGGGUGAUGGUCUUAAAGGUGCCAGCAUUGAGGGUAAGAUAUGUACAUUGUUUGAGGCCCAGAGGCUUGAACCUAUGGCAACCUCCGGAAGUCACAGUCAGUCCAGCUAGUGCUGGUCUGAGCACCGUCAGUCUUCUAAGUGGUUUCCAGAUGCACCUGUGCAUCUGCACACACUUGGUAUCUACGUCUCUUUGCAUCUAUUGGGCUGGGCUGGGCUGGGCAACCCCACUAGAGCUCUAUGAGAAGUAGGGCAGUUUCCUGGCUCGGAAGUAUUGAGAGGCCUGAGGAUGAAGAGAGCCUCGUUGAAGUCUCUUUAAUGCAGAGGCUGAAGUUGAUGGCUCUGUGUGGAUUGAGCCUGCUGUAUUCUCCAGGAUUGAGUUACUGGUCAAGAGCCUGGUGUGGCGGUUCCUGCCUGUGAUGCCCACACUGGGGAGGUGGAGACAGGAAGAGCAGGAAUUUGAGACCAGUUUGGGUCACCUGGGACUGAAUCUAAAACUAAAUAAAAUUACAACUGUAAUUAUGGUUUAAAAAGCAAAGUAACAAAGGCCUAAGUUUCUAGGUUCUCUGGAAAAAAAUCCAAAAUAUUCAGCCAAGCAAACAAGACAGAA